CUCUCUUCUAUAGUUCUAUAUAUAUUUCAUGUUUUCAGCGGUGAGCGGUGACCACCGAACCGAACAGAUCUCCUACGGCCUUCUUUGUCAACCAUUUAACUUCUUACGAGAUAAUAAAUCAGAUUCUUCUAUUUUCUUUUCUGUCUCCCUUCUAAUUACCUUCUGCAGAACUUCGACACAGGUGCCUCUCGAACAACGAAUACCCACUUCCUUCUUUUGCUUCUUACGAGAGAUUUCUUCUUGAGAACAGACUCAAGAGAGCUUCCGUGGAGAAGCUGUUGUCUUUUAUCACUCUGGCCGACAUUCCAAUCAUAUCUUCUCGGACCUUAAGGGAACUGGGUUCUCUACUGGGAGGACUUCUCCUCGUUGCCUUCGUCGCUUCACCUUUGAUUUCCAAUUUUUCUCGCUCUCUAGUUUGGCGCCUCCCAGUUGAUUAUGGCUAACCUUUGAAACUAUCAUUUCCCUAAUGGCAUUGCUGCUGCUCUUUUGCUAGCCUACAUGAGUUUCUUUUUCAGCCUUCAAAGAUGUGAAUAUCAACAGAGGAAAAAGGCGAAAAUUUUUUCUGUUUCUCUUGUUAUCUCUCUGUAGAAAUCUUCUUCUCUUCUUUUCCCUUUAAUAAAUCCCCACUAUUAAGAUGACAAUGUUCAACUGUUUCUAUGUAUUGGGCGGUGGAAGGAAGAAGAAAUACAUGGGAAAGGAGGGAAAUUCAGACCUUAUCCAUUACAAUGACGGACUUGAAACUGUCCAAGUAAAGCUGGAACAUCCCGUAAAAAAUUGUGAUGUGAACGAAUUGAAUUUGACGUCUUUCAGUGUCUCGAUACCGUUUGUAAUCCAGCAAAAAUCCACCUUCGAAGUGAAGGUGGUUAGUGAGGAAAAUCCUGUUGAAGCUGAAGCAACUGAAGCGGCUUAUGAAGGGGAAGAUGAGGACGAUGAUACCCCGUCUAUCAAGAAGGAUUACUUCUCUGAUUUUCAUCUCCAAGUUCAAGCGUCCAAAAGAAGAGAGCACAUGGACCUACCAAUGAAUAGAGAGAUGGACUCUUCCUAUUCAGUCGAUAACGAGAUGAUUAAUCAGUCUGAGAGCAAAUCAGAGAAAGAUGCUGAAACGGGGACCGAGACAAUACAAAAUGGUCAUGUUAGUGAUCCAGGCAUUACGAAUACAAAGUUCUGGGCUUCCCCCGAGCUUAAGCGCUCCUGUUCCAACCUUGAAAGGAGGGACAUUCUGAGGACAGCUGACCAGUCGUCUCCUUUGAGGUGUCAGCCUUUUGAUGACUUGAAUAAUUUAACAGAGAAGGAAGCGGAGAUCGUUCCAGAAAUUCAGGGCAGUCCAGUAUCAGUUAUCACUCCUUGCAGUGCCGACAGAGUGAUAUUGAAGAAACAUUCUUCAAGUCGAGUUCUGUCUUCAAGGAGUAGGAGGCUAUGGUGGAAAUUGUUCCUCUGGAGCCACAGAAACCUUCACAAACCAUCCAAUGUAAAACUGAAACUGCCCUCCAUUGACCAUAUUACGAACCAGAAAGGUGGAUAUUCUUCAGAUACUGUGGAAAUCAACCGAGUUAUCACAGAGUCAGGCAAGACAGAAUCUCCAGAAUCAUUCACCAAACAAUUCAAGAAAAAUGGCAGCAUCAACAACACUGCUAGCAACAACAAGAACCGGGGUUCAUUUCAUGAGGGUGUUUCUGGUUCGUCGCUGCAGAACCAAUGGGUUGCAUUCUGUACAGAAUCAUCCUCUUUGACAAGAGUUGAUGAAUGGGUGAACAGUCUUGAGAUCCAAACUUCUUUUCCAGUUACAGGUGAAGACACUGGUGAUGAAUGUAUUGUCUUUCCACCUUCUCCUGAACAUGGAGACUCACCAGCAAGAAGCACAACUCACAUGAGUCAGCGCCUUGAGAACCUUAAUUAUGGUAUUUCAGAAGAAAUUCUGUAUGCCAACAAUAUUAUCCAAUCGCUAAAUUCUUCCUCCACUGUAGCCCAUAUUGUUGGCAUGGGCUUGAAGGUCUUACCCACCAUUUCAGGAUUCUCCAGUCUCAGAACUGUCAACUUAUCAGGCAACUUCAUAGUUCACAUUGCUCCAGGGUCGCUGCCCAAGGGCCUUCAUACCCUCAACUUGUCCAGAAACAAAAUUGUUGCUAUUGAGGGACUCAGAGAGCUGAAUCGAUUAAGGGCAGUUGAUCUCAGUUACAACAGGAUCUCCCGAGUAGGCCAUGGGUUGUCCAAUUGCUCACUCAUCAAAGAGCUCUAUCUGGCGGGAAACAAGAUUAGUGAUGUCGAGGGGCUGCACAGGCUUACGAAGCUAACAGUCCUGGACCUAAGCUUCAAUAAAAUCACGACGACCAAAGCACUUGGCCAGCUAGUGGCAAAUUACCACACCCUGCUGGCUCUAAAUCUGUUGGGGAAUCCGAUUCAGAGCAACAUUGGCGAAGACCAGCUGCGGAAAGCAGUCUCUGGACUCCUUCCACAACUAACUUAUCUCAACAAGCAGCCCAUCAAGCCACAUAGGGGCCGGGAGGCAGCCAUGGACGGUGUCGCAAAAGCUGCACUUGGAAACAAUGGACGGGCUCGAAGGAAGGCACCGAAGCGGGUGAACCAAGGUAGAUCUUCUUCCACUGGGCAUAAGAGCAACAUAGGUGGUGGCAGUCAGAAAAGUAGCCACGGCACAAAAAGCAGAAGUCACCACAACUCAACCACCAGGAGAUCAUCGUUGAUUGCUUCUUCUCGUUAGGAAUUUCCCCUCUUCUUAGGAGUUAGGAAGCCUGAAACCAUGAAUUAUAAAUGGAGUGAUUUUUUUUUGUUUUGUUAAUAUGAAAAUAAAUGCUUAUUUAGAUUUUUUUUUUCUUUUUGUUUCCUUAUUGGAUGAAUAGUUCGUUGAAAAUAGUACUUAUCGCAUUUUUACCUCAAAUGUUAUGAGAAGAGAUGUAGUCAAACGAUUUCGAAUGUGAGGAAUCUAAGCAAAUUUAUUGAUGAGAUGCCAG